UGAGCGGGCAUAUAACAGGAGUACGGGCGGGAAAAAUGUGCAUAUCGAAGUUGAUUUUGCCAGGACAAAGUGGAGCACGAGUUAGUGAAAGUGCUGGACAUUCUUUCUCUCUUUCUCUCACGAUUUAACGCACGGAAUACUGGCCGGCGAUACUCACUUGUCUUCCUUAAUCAACUACCGGCCGGAGUGGAAAUCAUGAAUUUGAUAUUCAUUUUGCUAGUCUGCGUCGGUCUAUCGAGCUGUCAGACAACAGAGACGGUGCCUGAAAAUGGACAAGGACGCCUGCCAGGGAGACUCCGGCGGCCCGCUGCAUGUCUUCAACAACAACACCAACACAUGGCAGAUCGCAGGAGUAGUAUCGUGGGGAGAAGGAUGCGCUCGACCUAAGACACCCGGCGUGUACAGCCGCGUCAAUAGAUACCUGACUUGGAUCAAAAGCAACACAAAAGACGCAUGUUAUUGCAACGAGAAAUUCAUUAAAAAAAAUUAACAAACAAUGAUAUAGCAUUGAAUGUGUUAACUUAAAUGAAAUUGCAUAUCCGUCCACAAUGAUGAAACUUGAAUAACAGACUGCCAUUAACAGGAAUAUUUAUUUCUAGGUUGUUCUAGAAAUAAUUUAAAGAAACUAGAAUUAAUUUAUUUAGUGAAAAAGAUCAAUUAGUUAAGUGCUAUAUUUAUUUAGUUCUAAGUUUUCUUUAUUUAUACAUACAUUAUUUAGUAACAGUAAAAGAUUUGUAUAUGAAAUGUUAUUUUACUAAAAAACUUCAAAUCUUUGUAAUAUAAAAGGUGAAUGAAUAAAAAAAUUACUUUACUUUUAUUUCACCUAGUUCAAAAACCCACAAAAAGCAAACAACAUAAUUAUAUGGAUUUUGUUGUAACUGAAGUAUUCAGUAAAUAAACAUUAAGACAAGUUGUUUUUCAUUAUUUAUUGCCCAGAUAUGAUAUAUAAAUACUUAAGUCUACACUUGUAUGUUUUUUACUAUAAUACUCUUUAAUGAACCACUAACAGAGAAAUUCUAAAUGAAAUUAUAAAUAACAUUGAGCAGAAACCAACUAUUAAUUACUACUCAUCUAACUGACUAAAAAAA